AUGGGCGCUUUCACUGUCCCUUCAACCGAAGGUCGCACUGUCGCCAUACUUGGUGGUGGAGUUCUCGGCCGCCGAAUCGCUUGCGGUUGGGCUGCAAGCGGAUUUGACGUUAUCAUCCGCGACCCUAGCCCUGAACAAAGGGCCGCCGCUGUGGAAUACUGCAAGUCCAACAUGUCCCAGUACUCAGACUCUGAGACCAGAGGUUUUGUAGUAGCCGUUCACGAACUUGCUGAGGCUGUUUCCAAGGCAUGGCUCGUCAUUGAAGCUGUCCCCGAGAAACUUCCUCUCAAGAUAUCAACUUUUGCAGAUUUGGAGAAGCUCUCACCCCACGACACUAUCCUGGCCAGCAACUCGUCGUCCUACAAGUCAAGGGAGAUGAUCGAGGGUCUCAAACCAGAGACGAAACGACGCGUUCUGAACAUGCACUAUUACAUGCCGCCAGACUACCGUGUCGUUGAGCUCAUGACGAACGGCGAGACUGACGAGAGCAUCUUUCCGUUCUUGUAUGAGAAACUCGAGGAAAUCAAGUUUCAUCCUUACAUCGCACGCAAGGAGUCAACUGGCUUCAUCUACAAUCGUCUCUGGGCAGCCAUCAAGCGUGAGGUUUUGAACAUCCUCGCUGAAGAAGUCUCUACCCCAGAGGAGAUCGAUAAGCUCUGGAAGCAGAUGUGGUACGCGAAAGAGAAUGGACCUGUUGCCAUGAUGGACGUUGUUGGUCUCGAUACAGUGUCUUUCAUUGAGCAGCACUACAUUGCUGAGCGUGGCCUGCCUGAUACACCAGUCAAGUUUCUUCAGAAGUACAUUGAUGAAGGCAGGUUGGGAGCCAAGUCUGACAAAGGCGGGUUGCUCCCUCCAAAGAAGCUUAUCAAAUCAGAUCACAAGUCCUCACUCUUCUUCCUAGACAUUGGCUUGUCAAGCGGGAAUGCUAAAGGCUAUGCUUCGGCUGGUCGUGUUUUGGUUGGCUCCAGUGAUGGAAGCUCAAUGAAGACUCUGGUCUCAGGCCAGCGGUUGCCUGAUGGUAUAGACAUAUCUAAGUCUGCCGGAAAGCUCUUCUGGACUUGCAUGGGCAACCCUUCGGCCAACGACGGUGCUAUACUCAGCUGCAACCUCGAUGGUACAGACCUGAAGGAGAUUGUCCCUCAAGGAUCGGUUCAUACGCCAAAGCAACUGACCGUCGAUAAUACAAACUCGAAGUUGUACUUUGCUGAUCGUGAGGGAAUGAGAAUAAUGAGGUGUAACUUCGAUGGCUCUGAGCUGCAAGUCUUGGUGAAGACUGGCAACUGGCAAGUAGAUUCGCAAAUGCUAGACCCUACGAGGUGGUGUGUCGGUGUGACAAUAUCACCUGCCACCGGUAAGUUUUACUGGACGCAGAAGGGACCAUCCAAGGGAGGCAAGGGCCGUAUUCUUCAAGCAAACAUCCACUUCCGACCAGGCGAGGAUGCACAGAGCAGGACAGACAUCGAGGUCCUGUUACAGGGUUUGCCAGAGCCAAUUGAUUUGGAGGUCGAUGAGGAUGAGAACGUCCUCUACUGGACGGAUCGAGGCGAACUACCAGAUGGCAAUACCAUCAACCGCGCCAAGCUCGAUGGACUUACAAAGUUGACUCACGAUGGCGCAAGCAAGCCUGGCACUGACUACGAGGUUGUUGCUCGGGGAUUACACGAGGCUAUUGGCAUCAAGCUGGACUCGAAGAACCGUCGUAUCUUCGCCACAGACUUAGGAGGCUCGGUGUACCAAUUUGACAUAGAUGGAGGUAACAAGAAGAAGGUGUAUGAAGGAUCUGGGGCGUUUGUGGGUAUCACUGUGGCAUAG